ACUAAACAUAUGUUCAUUUUCUUUUCCUGUCGAAGUUGACCUUCUACAUGUGUACUUAAAAAUAAUUCAUAACCUUUCCUAGACUUAAACAUCGCCAACAGGUUUCUCAAUAUAAGAAAACUUUUAAAUCUCAGACAUCAAUACCAGGUUUCGCUAUAAAAACUGAUAAAUAAAACAUCACUUGAAUGCUAAUGUGAGGCAGAAAUGGGACAUAGCUUCGGCCGUAUGUCUGAUCCCCUGCAAAUGAGCUUGGACGAAUACAUUGCUAAGAAUCGCCUAUAUAUAAACGAACUACCACCCCGUAGAAAUCCGAGAAACCGAGUCAUGGAUCGCUAUUCGAGUAUGAGAGAGACCGAGCGACCUCGGCGGAGAGAUCGCAGCGUGGAGCCGCUAAAGAAGAGAGGUAGGCCGUUAGAUCGUUAUCAGUUACGAGAGCCGAGUGUUGAGCCGAUGGAUGUGGAUGUAACCGAGAAGGCCAUCGAGCCUUACUUGAGGAACCGAGCAUCGCGAAGAAACGGCUUGCUAGCACGAGCAGGGAGUAACGUGGAUAUGAGAGGGAAGAGGGUUGUACAGGAGUUGCCUCGGCAGAAGUCCAUGUCUAGGUACCAAGAGGUAAAUGAAGCCAACGAAAGAUUGAGUAAGAUUCAGAACAGACUUACCAUCGAAGAAAGCACUGAAGGAGCUUCGAAAUUAUUUAUAUCGAACCUCUCGGAAGAAGUUUCUAGAAGAGAUAUAAUUGAUCUUUUCUCCGAGUUCGGGGAGGUAGUGUCUUCGACAGUCCACUACAGCCAAGUAGGUAAACCUUUAGGCUCUGCAGAUAUCUUCUUUGGAAGCAAAGAAGAAGCCAUAGCAGCGAUGUCUGAAUAUAAUGGCGUACUACUGGACGGUAAGCCAAUGGACAUUCAUAUGAUGAGCACUUCAGAAGAACUUGGUAUUCGGGUCAAUAGGCGACAGGAGAACAGGCGGCCGACUUGGGGUAGGAUGAGAGACGAUAGAGCUCGUGUAAGAGGUCAAUGAACUGUGGUUGGGCGUGAUAAGAAUGUGACUUGUUCCUUCUUCGUCUACAUACUGAUCAUGAGAUUAUCAAGGAUCUUCAAUUAAAUAUAGUCAUGCCUGCCAGAGGAUGAAAGCAUGCCGUGUAUUUAUCUAAAAUAUCCUUAUUAAAGAAGUAGAUCAUAGCAUCAGUAUAAUUUAAUUAAUGAAAAUGAAAUAAAUGUGGUUCAUGAAACUCAUUGAUUAUUUUCCUUUGUAAUUAUUAAAUAUAGUUGUUAAAAAUAUAAUUGAA